ACUCUAAUGGGUUACUGGAAAGGAGGACGCACUGAGGACCAAGCUGAAGGACCAGACUGGACACCGUCCUCCUGUCAUGGGUAUUGCUAUGAAAGGCCUUUAGUGUUGACCCAAAACACCUCCAGGCUGUGUAAGGUCUAUUUGACCAAGAUGGGGAGUGACGGUGCAGCGUCAGAUGACCUGGCCUCCACAAUCACCCCCCGACCUCAACCCAACUGAGAUGGUUUGGAGUGAGUUGCACAGCCAAGAAUAGCUGUGUGUCUGAGCUUUUGACGUAAAAAUAUAGACAUCGUAUAUAUAAUUUAAACUCUUUCCCCCAAAACACACGCUGUGAAUUAUAUUUGAACACACCACUACGUUUUCUUGUUACACUCUCUCGCAGGUAGAAUGUGCGCAUCACACCACUGAACACAUCAUAGUUUCCGGGUGUCUUCAUUAAAGUUCAGCAAGCACACAAUUACAGACUUAGGACUCAGGCCUCCUUACUGUACCAACAGUAUCAAAACAGAGACAGGGCUUUCUCUCACAUUUCUGGAAGGAUCUAUCCAUCCAUGUGAGAGACGCAGACACAGUCACAACCGUUAAUUACAAUAAUCUCUUCACUGAUGUGUAUGUUUAAAUGUGUUUUAGGGGUUAUGUAUUGUUCUGGGAAGACUUCUCUCUAGCCCAAACCCAGGGGAGGACGCCUCCUGGCAAUUACACCUCCCUCAGGAUGGGGCCACAUUGUCUUCUGACCACCACCCCCCAUGGCUUAAUUCCUAGUUCUUACGCUGCUACAGUUUAUGUACCGGAGGAGUAGCUGUCAGGCAACAUGGACCAUGCCUUGGGACUGCCUGGCCUGACAACUCCUAGAUGACCCUGCCCCUAGUCGCCAUCUCUGACAUGUUCUCUGAAGGACUGAUGAGGCCAAAAUGUAACAAAUAUGGCCAGUGUGCAACGUCUAGGCAAAAAACAAGAUAUCUGCUCAUCACCUAACAUCACCCCUACAGUGAAGCAUGGUGGCAGAAGCAUCAUGCUAUGGGGAUGGUCAGUGGCUAUGGGGAAUCACCUAACUAACACCACCCCUACAGUGAAGCGUGGUGGUGGAAGCAUCACGCUAUGGGGAUGGUCAGUGGCUAUGGGGAAUCACCUAACUAACACCACCCCUACAGUGAAGCGUGGUGGUGGAAGCAUCAUGCUAUGGGGAUGGUCAGUGGCUAUAGGGAUGGUUGGUGGCUAUGGGGAUGUUCAGGAUUGACAGAACAAAGUGAGAGGUCCUUUGAAGAAAACCAGAUCCAGAGUGCAAAUUGACCUCAGAAUGAGGCGAAGAUUAAUCUUUUCCAAGACAACACAGGAAUAUCUUUGAGUGGCCCAGGCUAAACCGGAUUUGAACGAUCAUUGAACGUCUUUCAUCAAUCAAACCAAAUGUGGAGAGAGUGAAGGAGUCUGAAUACAUUUCAAAGGCACUGUAUAUCAUAUAAUUUAUUUUGAUAUGUAAAGGGAUAUCAAAGUGAAUCUUAUAUAUGGUUGACCAUUAUAAUGAAAUCCCUCUGUCUAACGUGUUUGUCAAAAUUGUUGUGGGCCGCUUAAAGACCGAUGUUGCGUUUUUCUCAAAUGGUUGAUGCGAAGUAUUGUAUAUCGUAGUCACCAGGAGGUGGCAAUAUAAGCAAGCCUACGCGUAAAGGAGUUCCCCCCGUGCCGGUGGGGUAGAGAAAGGGUGGAGCGAACUUAGUAACUAAUGCUUGAGCUCUAUACUUGAAAGCUUGCAACGUUAGGUAGUGCUUGUUCAGCUUUUGAGAUCAUUUCCAACUUUCCUUUCCAGGCUUUCAGGUUAUUUCUCCACGAUAGGAUGUUUUCCACGGCUACAAGAAACUUUGUGGACGACAUAGAUGAGAAUUUCAGUCUGAUUCCCGUGCGCAGCUUGAAUGACACUGACAAACUGCUCCCUCUUUCACUGGUAAUGAAACGCAAGCGUUUCUGGAUCUGGCAGAAACCAAAAUACCAGCCCACUGAUUUCACCCUCAACGAUGUGCUCUCUGAAGACCCACCCUUAACACCAGUUAUUAGCGAGUCCGACUUCCUAAACUACAAGGGGACGUUUGGCGAUAACACGUCAAACAACUUGAAGGCCGAUUCAGGGGUCGGGAACAUCAACAUGGACUGGAAAGACACAUCCAAACUCCAGUCGUCCUUUGGCAGCCUGAAGAAAGAGGAGGUGGAUAUGAAGAAGCUGCUGCGCGACUCCGCACACAAGGUUUUAGACAUGUCCCACAGUCUGAUCCACCAGAACCGUGAGAAGCACAGGGUGGUGUUUGGUUUGGUCAAGGAGAGGAUCUUGACAACCCAGCCGUGCUCUGUCGUAGAGGAGGUCCAGGAGGGGAUUCAGUUAGGGGGCCUCCUGACCUUCUGUGUGAAAAGCCCCCAGGUGACUAUAAAAGACAACACAGCUUUACACAAAGACAGUAAUGUGUCUGUGGAGAUUCCUGCAAAUACUGUCAUUGCUUAUAGCAUGACAGACCUGGUGGUCAAACGCAAUGGAGGCUACGAGCUGUGCCUAAUGUCCGAUACUCAAGGUGGGUUUGAAGUGGAUGGGCCCUGCCUGAAGGACUCUGUAGGGGGUUUUGGCUCCUGCGGGGACGCCUCAAAGAGUAGCUCCCUUCAGAGAGAACUAGAGAAACUGUGUGAUCACUUCCAACUGCUGUCAGUCCAGCCAACUGAGACGCGCUCCUCUCUGCUCAAGUUCCUCAGGAACACAAUGAAUAACCGAGAGGAAGUCAGUGUUCUGGAGAGUGUGUUGGACCAGCUGUGCAGAGGCAGGACAACAGAUCUGGGUGAUGCAGACAGCGAGACAGUCCAGGGGGUUCUGGAUCUUAUGACGCCGUCAGACAACCUGGGGCAGAACCACACCCUUGCCCCCUCCCUCCUCCGUUCCACUCUUCUUAUCACCAGCGCCAUGGAGGAGAUGACCGAUGAGGGACUCUCAGUGUUGGCUUCCUGUUGCAGUCCUCCAGUCUUAGAGGCCCUACAGAUCCUGGUCCAGUGUGUGGCAGCAAGGAGUGGAGAGACCCUCUCUCUGACAGAUGCAGGUCUGACUGUUCUGACUGAGGAGGAGGUGUAUGGAAAGGCACAGUGUCUCUUUGACCUCUCUAACGUGAUACUGAAGAGAGAGGAGGACACACUGAAAACAGAGAUGAAGGACCAGCCUGGAAACCUUCCUCUUGUUAUGAGUAUUGCUGUAAAAGGCCUGGCUUCUUUAGCUACCACUGUCUGAGUAUAAAAGCAGAGGGGUAAUAUUUCUGAACCUCUUGUAAUAGAUAAAACGCAGAUAUCCAAAAUAAUAUAACUUUGAAUCAAUGUUCUCAUGGUCAAUAUAGCCACAGUAUCUUACAGUAGAUGGAGGUUAUUUUUUUUACACAUAGGUUACACAAGGCAAACUACUCAUUGGGAACUAGUUGGGUCAAGGGCGCUGUGUAGAAUACCGAGUCUAACAAUUUGACAGAAUUCAAACAUUAACACGACUUGCCGCCUCGUUUUCCCUCACUGAACUGAAACAGAAGAGCAUCAGUUAGUCUGGGGUGGUUUCGGUUGGUUGGGGGACUAUACUGCAGCUGGAAAACCAAUCUGAGGGGCCUACAUGUCAGUGCAAACUGAUGAACGGACCGUCAAGGAAAUAUUUACGGGGAAUAUCUCAGGCACAGUAUUGAACAAUUUUGUUGAUUAAAAAUCUUAUCGUCUUAUGAUCAUUAAUGCUCAGAGGUCACCUUUUCAUAUUAAAAUAUUGUGAGUCAAUUGCCUGUAAAAAGAAAAAAAAGCCUUGGAUUGAAUCCUGCACUAAGAUUACACCUACACACAAACAGUAAAUAUGUACAUUGUUCUCAGUAUUGAUACUGUAAUAAUGUCUUUUAGGAACUAUCGUUAAGCAGGAACCUGCAAGUAUAAAGUUUGUGUGAUUUGCCGUGUGUAUCCUGAUGAUACAAAUGAAAAUAAAGAUGAAUUCUCAGAACUGUCUCGCACUUCCUCUUGCUGGGCAACGAUAACAAUGUACUGCUGCUCUGGUUAAAGGAAAAUGUCAAAUUUUUUAAACAUUAGAGAUUUCCUUACCUUGAACAUAGUGUACGGGCUAUGAGAAACAAAUAUUUGAUUCAGUCCCCUUUAAGCUUUUGAAUACUCUGUGCAA